GGAGCGAAGCGGCGCGGGGAUGGAGGAGCUGAGCGCUGUGGGAGAGCAAGUUUUCGCAGCGGAAUGCAUUCUAAGGAAAAGACUGAGAAAGGGGAAGCUGGAGUACUUGGUGAAGUGGAGAGGAUGGUCUUCCAAACAUAAUAGCUGGGAGCCAGAAGAAAAUAUUCUCGAUCCACGGCUCCUGUUAGCUUUUCAAAGGAGCCAACAAGAGAGAGAACUGCAGAAUCGAAAACGAGGCAAGAGGCCCAGGGGCAGGCCACGAAAACAUGUGGAACAAGAAACUCCUCUUUCAUCAAAAUCAAGCAGUUCUUCUGAAGAGGAUGAGGAUGAUGAUGACGAAGAGGAAGAGGAGGAGGAAAGUGAUGAUCAGACCCAGACUACAUCCAGGAGCAAUGAACGGCGGGAAGAAUCGGAUCACAUCCCUCAAAAACGGAUCCAGACUGACAUUGGCCAAACUAAAACAGAUCUGAAAGACACUGGCAAAAAGAAACGCACCAGCAAAGUAAUUUGCAGCGAACUUCGAAAGAACAUUAAAGUGAAACCAGGAAAAGCUUUAAAAACAUCUGGAAAUGAUACAAGUGGUGACUCUGGAACAGAUGAAUCGUCAAAAGAGAAGCUGGAAAAACCAGAGGGAUCUUUGAGUGAAAAUAAUGUGGGCUCAGAAAAGAGCACUUUGGAAUCUUUGAACGUAUCUGGUGGGAUGUUAAAUUCAGGCAUUUUCAAUUCAUCAAAAUCCAAUAACCCCAGGUCAGCCUUGCAAACAGCAAAUCGUACAGGAUCAGGCCAGCACGCAUCCAGCUUACAUCCUGCCAGUCCAAUGCCGCUGAAUAAAUCUGCCUCUGAAAUGCAGCCUGGGAAUACAACAGUGCUAAAUCCACAAGGAAUGAAUGAGAAAAAUAAGGUAGGAUUAAUUAAGAAUCCUGGAAAUGCUAAAAACUCGGUAGAGUUGUGCAAAUCGGACUGCGACUCAAAGGGUUUGAAUAUUACUGGACCAAUAAAAACCAAUUCCAGCGUUUGUAGUUCAACUAAUUCAGGAUCAAAUUCCCAGAGUGUGAACAGUCAAAGCCCUGGUGUUCUUGGCCGUAAUUUACCAGCACCAAAUUCUCAGAACACUACUAAUUCAGGAUUAAAUUCACAUGCCUUAAAUCUGCAGAGUACCAACAAGAUAGGACUGAGUUCAAAAAGUGUAACUAGUCCAUCGGGUUUGACUUCAAAGAAUAUCAACAAUAAUUUGUCAUUUGUGAUUUCCAGGAGUGUUGGGACUCCAGGACCAAAUUCGACUGAACUGAACUCUCACGUUGUUUCUAAUAAAGUAUUAAAUUCACAGACUGUCAAUAGCCAGGCGUUGUGUGAGAGCAGCGGAAAAGAUGGUGUUGAGAAGGAGAAUCAGAUAAAAGUAGAUAAGGAGACAACAAAUACUUCAAUCCAUCAUUCUGACAACCAAACCAGAGACAGUGACAAAAAGGAUGUUUCAUCUGAGAUAUCCAAACAGAGCAGCAACAUGCCAACAGAACUGAGCACAGGUGAGGAGACGAUGAGUUCAGACUCUGAUCAUGACUCAUCAUUUUCGAGCAUGAUUCCAAACCCAUCCAUUUCCGUUCAGACAAACCAAGACUGGAAACCCACCCGCAGUUUGAUCGAACAUGUGUUUGUCACUGAUGUAACUGCCAACUUGGUCACAGUGACAGUGAAGGAGAGCCCAACUAGUGUGGGCUUUUUCAACAUCCGACAUUAUUAGAGUUAUUAGUUGAAAAACAAACUCUAGUAACCGGAUGUUAAUUUUCCAUGGAAAUCAGUUUUGAUCUUAGCCUUUAUGACCUUUUUUAUUUUGUACUUUACAGCUAUAAGCACCAUUCACAAUGAUGCACAGAUUACAGUUUCUUCCACUUCGAACAAAGAGUGCAUUAAAUAGAAAGUAGCCCCUUUGACUUGGCUCUUUUUGUCAGAUUUAUUCUGCCAAUCAGCAGUCCAACUCGUAAAAGCUUUCUUUUGUAUGUAGGAUGUAUUAUGUAAACUGAGUCUGAUCUGAGUACCUGCAAAAUAAUAUCUGUUUUUGACUGUCCGUUUUUAUAAAAUGAAAGUAAAAGAAUGAAAAACAUGAACAAAUAAAUAAUUUGCAUUGAUGCCAGGAGCAGUAAAAGCCUGGCGAGAUCAGCCAUGAUGAAGGGUUAUGUUUUAGUGGUAUAUUCUAGGUGUUUAGUCAGUGCAUGAAACUCUAAGUUUAGAAGGAAACGUGACCAGGGCGAUAUAGUAUAACUUGUUGCUGAAACAAUUUGAUUUUGAUUUAUAUUUGUUAGGAAGUGUAAGAAAGUUACUACCCAGACUCAAGUGUACAUGCCCUUAUCAGCAGAGAAAGGGAGAAAGGACCCAAUAUUGACCAAGCUGUGGAAAUUCAGGGUAGUUGAACGUUGACACCUAAGCAGAAAUUCACGCCAUCACUAAUUGUUUGUUUCAGUUGAGAUGAUUAAAAUUAAUGUUCCGCAGGGUCAAUAUAUGGGAAGUGAACAAAUUAAUGCUACUGGAUAAUAUAGAUGGGCAGUUUUACUCUGAUCCUUGUACAAUGGAAGCUCCUUGAAACACUUCCAAGGUGGCAAAAAUAUGUUGUUCAAUAAUUUGAUCAGGAAAACGCUACAAAAGGUACGUAUGUUUUUCUUUUGGUUAAUGGAGCCCAUUACACUGUCUAAUAGGCAUGAUUUAAUCCAUGCUGAUAUUCUGUUAUAGGAACAGAAUGAUCUUGAGGCCACCAGCAUAUGAAAUGACGAGAUGUAAUUUCGAGCUCAUUUCGUUGAGCAGCAUAUUUUAGGAACUAGGUUAUAGGAUGGAAUAAAAUACUAGCCUUUAAUCUUUUGGGCACACGUUUAAUCCCUCCUCUUUUCAAAUUUCUCACAAUCCUGUUUGAAAUCUUCAGGUUUUUAAACCCUAGCCAAUCUUUACUUCCUGUUUAUGUCCCCUUCCUUUUUUAUUCUUUUCAAGACUGGUGGUAUCCCACACUCUUAGAUUUGGUUAUUUAGCUGUUGCUCAGCAUGUAGCACCCUCACCUCUGAGACAGAACUUUAUGGGUUCAAGUUUCACUCCUGAAGCCAGGAUGACACUCGCAGUGUGGGACUGUCUCAGGUGCUGUCUUUCAAAUGAACCAUUUAAAAAAAAACCACAAGAACCUGCGUGCCUUGUGGGAGCUGAUUAAUGCAGCUGGCUAGAUGGCUAGAGUGUGCUGCAGAAUCACACCAAUGGCACAGGUUCAGUCCUCAUACUGGCACAAUCGUUUAUGGCAGCCUGCCUCCUCUUGCGAAGUGGUGCCUCUCAAGGUAUACAUAAACCAUUCUCUCUCUAAUGGGGAAAGACGGUUGUGGUCCUUUGUGGACUAUGGCUAAUUACCUAGGUGUUGGAUUCACCGUGGAAUCUCAAUUAAACUACCAGCUUGAGAUUUGGCCACCAGGGCUUGAACCCAUGACUCUGGUGAUACAGAGUACACCUGAGCAGAUGUACUCAAGCCUUUGAGCUUGUUAGAACCAUAGAAGAGUUACAGCGCAGAAAGAGGCCAUUCAGCCCAUCGUAUCUGUGUCGGCCAGAAAAAGAUGAAAAAGCAACUAGCCACUCAUUUUAAUCCCACUUUCCAGCACCUGGGUCCGUAGCCUCACAGGUUACAGUUGUUACUUAUUCUGCCAUUCAGUUAGAUUAUGGUUUAUCUAUAUCACUUGAUCCCCUUGCCUAAUCUGUCAAUCUCAGUCUUAAAAGUUUCAAUUGAUCCAACAUCCACAGCCUUUUGGAGGAGAAAAUUUCACAUUUCCAUGAAAAGUGCUUUCUGACUUCACUCCUGAACGGUCUCACUCUAAUGUUAAUUGUGCCCCUUGUUCUCGAUUCUUCCACCAAAGGAAAUGGCUUUUCUGUAUUUACUCUGUGGAAUCCUAUUAUUAUAAAUACCUCACAAUUAGAUCACCUAAAUGCAAGGGCAUACAGCCCAAAAUUAUGCAACAUAUCUUCAUAAUUUAACUAUUUAAAGGUCCAUCUACAAUGUGGCGAUUCUACACUAUUGUCUCCAUGCAUUCCAGCCCACCCUUCCACCAAUAUCAUGUGCCCAGAACUGAAUGCAAUAUUUUUGAUGGGGUCUGGCCAAGUCUCUACAGCUGAAGCAUAAGUUUCUCCCCUUUGUUUUCCAAUCCUCUUGAGAUGAAAACUAACAUUUCCAUUAGUCUUUUUGAUUAUUAUUUGUAGCUGCAUGAGCCAAGUUCAUAACCGAAUUAACAACCUUGCUGGUGGUUUAAAAGUUAUGAAAUGUCGUUUUAAAAUUAAAUAGCUCACUGUCUAAUAGAUAAAUGCCCAAAUGGAUAAGGCGUUUGGUGAUGUUGAAACCAUACGUGAGCAAGGAAUUAAUCUCUACAGGUUGGGGGUGGGAAGGAGAAAAAUAAGGGUUAAGAAACUAACUUUUUUAUUAUUAUUAUUAAUAAUGUCUUGAAUAGCUGUAGAUUUAACCUUUAGGCUAACUCUCAGCAGUAGGUUCAGCAUUAACUUAAUUUUUAUAAAAUUAAAAUGUGUAUCGAAGUGCUACUGUGAAGUUGUUUUUGUACUCGAGUUUUUUCUCAAAGGAACAGAAAGUUGAUAAAUAAAAUUUUAAAAA